CACCGCACCACUUUGCGAAAUGCGUUCCCGCAUCGCCUCGGUCGGAGACUAUCUUCUCAUCACUACCUUAGAAAGUAGGUAUCGAACACAGACAACGUCGAUCAACGGCACAAGGGAAACUGAUUCCCAUCAGAAAGCCGCAUGAGUUCGCCUACCGACCAGCGUUCGGCGGUACAUUAUGUCACUGGAAUGAAGUUCAGCUCACGCGAAGGACAAAAGUUGUGCGUUGCACGUGUUGCGCCGUCACUACCAAAUCUCCGCGAGAGCAUUGCCAGCUUUACCGCGUUACCUUCGGCUUUUGGGGUGAGUGUAAUUUUACAGUUUUCGAUUGAACUGUUUGACCUGUUUUAUAAAAAAUCACAGUCAUUCCCCUCGGGCAAACUGAAAAGGGUCUUGCACAAGCUGUCGCGCCAGACAGAUUGCUUUUUAGUUCCCGGUUGGUCAUGUGACCCAAUGUACCUGCAAAUGAUGCAUUGUGCACGAAAUCCACACAUUCAAUGCGUAGGCCGCUACAACGUUGACAUGGGAACACGUCAAUCAGUGCAUAAAGUUGCGCGGCAGAAAGGAGUCUCGUCUGGAAGAACAUACACUUCAAAAUAUCGAGGAGUACACCAAACAUUUCCUACUCGCCGAUGGGAAGCGCAGUUUAGGAGAAACGGUAAACCGACAUCGUUGGGCUGCUUUGACUAUGAGGACGAGGCGGCACGCGCGUACGAUCGCAUGAUGGUCUGGUGUGAGCUUCACGGGCAAGACAGCAGAGGUGGGAAAGUUGGCGCACACAGGUCCCAUAUUGCCCAGCUAUCCCUGAAUUUUGACUAUAACGACUAUGAAGGAGACCUCAUCGCUCUGAGGCACGUGUCACAGGACGAUUUAGUCCAAAGUCUCAGACGUCAAGGACGAAUGCAAGCUUCGAAUAACACUGGUGGCAGCUUUUCAGGCGCUUCCACUCAUAAAAAGUUGCCCUAGCCAGAGCUUCAGCGUACCAGGGCAAAUAGACGUUAAGCUGAGAAGCGAAUUUCGCUUUCACGUUUCCAAAUACAGGUAUAUGCAUGGUAGCUCUCCAGAUCAGUUCUUAUUUCAUUUCGGUUCACCACUCUCUGGUAUUCUUGCCCGCCCGCAUGAGAACACGUCCCAUGUUGCGCUUCGGCCAUUCGAGGAUCGAACGAUACCGAAUGCGGCCGUCGGUGAUGAUCCCGUCCCUGUG